CUGAAGGAAGCAUUGUCGUAAAGAAUGCAACGUUUAGCUGGGCCAGAAAUGAUCCUCCUUUACUGAACAGCAUUGAUUUCACUGUUCCUGAAGGCUCCCUGGUAGCUGUUGUUGGUCAAGUUGGCUGUGGAAAGUCUUCAUUGCUGUCUGCAUUACUGGGGGAGAUGGACAAAAAGGAAGGCUACGUGGUUGUCAAGGGUUCGGUAGCCUAUGUUCCUCAGCAAGCCUGGGUCCAAAAUGCAACUCUGGAAGACAACAUUAUCUUUGGAAGGGAGAUGAAUGAGAGCCGGUACAAGCGUGUGAUUGAGGCUUGUGCGCUGCUGCCUGAUAUAGAGGUUCUUCCUACGGGAGACAAAACAGAAAUAGGAGAAAAGGGUGUGAAUUUGUCUGGAGGACAGAAACAGCGAGUCAGUCUUGCUCGGGCGGUUUACUGUAAUGCAGAUGUCUAUUUAUUUGACGAUCCUUUAUCAGCUGUUGAUGCUCAUGUUGGAAAACAUAUUUUUGAAAAAGUUAUUGGACCGAAAGGAAUCCUGAAAAAUAAAACACGGGUUUUGGUAACCCAUGCAAUCAACUAUCUGCCUCAAAUGGAUACAAUUCUGGUAAUGACUGAUGGAGAAAUCUCUGAGAUGGGCUCCUACCAGGAGCUGUUGAAGCAAGAUGGGGCUUUUGCUGAGUUUCUUCGUACAUAUGCUAAUGCUGAACAAAGCAUGGAGAAUGGCGAUACAAAUAGUCCAUCUGGAAAGGAAGGAAAGCCUAUAGAAAAUGGAGUCCUUGUGAAUGAAGCCCCUGGGAAGUUGAUGCAUAGGCAACUCAGUAACUCCUCAACAUACAGCAGAGACACUGGGAAGUCACAGCACCAGAGCAGCACAGCAGAGCUGCAGAAGCCGCUUGCUGAAAAGAAUUCCUGGAAGCUGACAGAGGCCGACACAGCAAAGACUGGGAGGGUAAAGGCAACAGUGUACUGGGACUACAUGAAAGCAAUUGGACUCUUUAUCUCUUUCUUGAGCAUUUUCCUCUUUAUGUGUAAUCAUAUAGCCUCCCUGGCUUCCAACUACUGGCUAAGUUUAUGGACAGAUGAUCCUGUUAUCAACGGGACACAGCAGUACACAAAUGUCAGACUGGGAGUGUAUGGAGCACUGGGAAUUUCUCAAGGUAUUGCGGUGUUUGGCUACUCGAUGGUUGUGUCAAUAGGGGGAAUAUUUGCUUCACGACACCUGCACCUUAACCUGCUGCACAAUGUCCUCAGGUCUCCAAUGAGUUUCUUUGAACGUACACCCAGUGGAAAUCUGGUGAACCGUUUCUCUAAGGAGAUAGAUACUAUUGACUCCACCAUUCCACCAAUCAUCAAAAUGUUCAUGGGCUCGACAUUUAAUGUGAUUGGCGCUUGUAUCAUCAUUCUGCUGGCCACACCUAUAGCUGCCGUCAUUAUUCCACCUCUGGGACUGGUCUACUUGUUUGUGCAGAGAUUUUAUGUGGCCACUUCUCGCCAGCUCAAACGCCUUGAGUCUGUCAGUCGUUCUCCUGUGUAUUCUCACUUCAAUGAGACCCUCCUGGGAGUCAGUGUCAUUCGAGCCUUUGAGGAGCAGAAACGUUUCAUAAAGCAGAACGACAUGAAAGUGGAUCAAAAUCAGAAAGCUUAUUAUCCAAGCAUAGUUGCAAACAGGUGGCUGGCUGUCCGUCUGGAGUAUGUGGGGAACUGUAUUGUCCUCUUCGCAGCAUUGUUUGCGGUGAUUGCACGCAACAAGCUCAGCGCAGGACUGGUUGGCCUCUCCGUGUCCUACUCACUGCAGAUUACAGCGUACUUGAACUGGCUAGUUCGCAUGUCAUCAGAGCUGGAAACCAACAUUGUUGCUGUUGAAAGAGUCAAAGAAUAUGCUGAAAUGGAGAAGGAGGCUGAAUGGAGUAUUGAGCAAACUGCCCCAGCGAGUACCUGGCCCGAGGAAGGAAAGGUUGAGUUUCGAGGCUAUGGUCUACGUUACCGGGAAGACUUGGAUUUAGUUCUGAAAAACAUAAAUAUUACCAUAAAUGGGGGUGAGAAG